GAUAAUCUGUUUUUCCAUUUUGAAAUUCAGUCACAAGAGGUCGCUGUUUCCUAAGGAAACCCUCUAAGUGAAACUGAAAAUGCAGAGCCCCUCCCUUAAAGGGACAGACAUUCCUGCCACUCAGAUCCACAAGGGAAAUAUCGAACAACAGGGAAAUCUCACCAAGCCAAGAUUCAACCUAUGAACCAGUAUGGCUGGGGUAGAUGGUCUCUGCUCCUGACACCUUUGAGACAAGAUAUUUAGACAAAAAGAGAAGAGCUUGCUGGUGUUGUGCCUGUAUCUGCGAUGCUUACCUGGCCGAAGGGGCUGCUGCAGCUAUUUCUGCUCCACACUGCCUGGAAAAUGGGGAGCGGUCAGCUCCAUUAUUCUGUGCUGGAGGAAUCCCAGCACGGCACCUUUGUGGGCCACAUCACCCAGGAUCUGGGGUUGGAGGUGAGCGAGCUGGUGCCUCGGAUGUUCCGGAUGCUGUCCAAAGGAGAGAAGGACUAUUUUGAGGUAAACCUGCAGAAUGGGAUCUUGUUUGUAAAUUCCCGGAUAGACAGGGAGGAGCUGUGUGCCAAGAAUGCAGACUGUGUCCUUCAUCUGGAGGUGAUUGUGGAAAAACCUCUGAGGUUCUUCCAUGUGGAGGUUGAAGUCAAAGACAUGAAUGACAAUCCUCCCAUCUUCUCUGCCAGGGAACAGAUCCUGAGCAUAUCAGAACUCAUAACAUCUAGGAUACGAUUCGCCUUAGAGAGAGCCUCUGAUGCAGAUAUUGGUACUAAUGCUCUGUUAACUUACAAGCUCAGCCGAAACAACCAUUUUGCUCUUGAUUCAGGAAAUAAUGAAGAUGGCAGCAAAUCUGUAGUUCUUGUACUGAAGGUUCCACUUGACAGGGAAGAGAGCCCUGUGCAUCAUUUAGUACUGACAGCCACUGAUGGGGGUGAACCAAAACUCACAGGAACUGUUCAGCUAGUCAUCAAGGUGCUGGAUGUCAAUGACAACCCUCCUGUGUUUAACCAAUCUGUUUAUAGAGUAAAGUUGCUAGAAAAUACAGCUAGUGGGUCAUUAAUUAUUGCUCUGAAUGCUACAGACUUAGAUGAGGGGAUUAAUAGGGAAAUCUCUUAUUUUUUUAGUAAUAGCCUACCUCUAGAUGUCACAAAGCUCUUUAGUAUAAAUUCUGAUACUGGGGAAAUCAGAGUUAUGGGAAAAUUGGACUAUGAAGAUAUUAAUUGCUAUGAACUUCAAAUUGUUGCAGAAGAUAAAGGCAGUUCUCCAUUAUCAGGACAUUGUGAAGUUUUUAUUGACGUAUUGGACAUGAAUGAUAAUAUUCCAGAAUUAUUUGUGAAUUCUCUCUUUGUACCAUUGCCAGAGGAUUCCACUCCAGGAACUGUGGUAGCUAUCCUCAGUGCUUCAGACAAGGAUUCUGGAAUCAAUGGACAAGUAACCUGUGUCCUACAGCCCUCUGACAUGCCAUUCAAAAUAGAGUCCACAUUCAAGAACUACUACUCCCUAAUUGUUGGAGCACCUUUGGAUAGGGAGCAGGUGGCUGACUACAGGAUGGUUGUGACAGUGGAAGAUCAAGGCGUUUCACCACUGUCUUCUAGGAUCACCCUCGUAGUGCCUAUUAGUGACAUAAAUGAUAAUGUUCCAGCUUUCACUCAACCCUCCUACAUAGUCUUUGUGAAGGAGAACAAUCCCCCUGGUGCUCAUAUCUUCACAGUAUCUGCCUUGGACCCAGAUGUUGCUGAGAAUGCUCUGAUCACCUAUUGGAUAGAUGAGAAGCUCUGGCCAUUGUCAAACUACAUCUCUGUACAUUCGGAGAGUGGAAAACUUUAUGCUUUGCAGUCCUUGGACUAUGAGGAGUUGAAACUGCUGGAGUUCCAGGUGAGAGCCAAGGAUGCUGGAAUGCCCUCCUUGUGUGGCAAUGCAACUCUUCAGGUCUUUGUGAUGGACGAGAAUGACAAUGGACCUGUUGUGUCAGGAUCAUCAGAAGAGAACCUGAUUCUUCUAGUGGUCCCUGUUAUGCCUGGGCAUAUUGUAGGCAAGAUCCAUGCCUUGGAUGCAGAUUCUGGAUACAAUGCAUGGCUAAGGUAUGAACUGGUUGAAGAAAGCAAUGCUCCAUGGACUGUAGGGCUGUAUAGCGGUGAGGUGAGUACCAAAUAUUCUUUGGAUGAAUCAGAAGGCAGCAGAAUCCAGAGUCUGUUGGUUCUUGUGAAGGACCAUGGAAAACCUCAACUCUCAGCCACAGCUACCCUGAGUGUGUCACUUAUGACAAGUGGUCAGACAAUCAAAACAGAUAUUACCCUCCCAUGGUCAGGGGAGAACUUUGUGCCCCUGGUGGACUCGAUCAACGUCUAUCUGAUCAUUGCCAUCUGCUCUGUUUCCAGUCUCUUCUUGCUGGCCACUCUCAUCUAUGUGGCCCUGCGAUGCCACUGCAAGGCAAAGGAAUCCAUGGUUUAUGGCCCUGGCAUGGCCACCCUGGUGUGUGCCAGCGAAGUGGGCAGCUGGUCCUAUUCCAAUCGCCACAGCCACAUCCUGGCAGGUGUGAGUGCAGAGGCUGGUGCCAAGAGUGACCUUAUGAUUUUCAGUCCCAACAUUCCUGUUUUUGCAAAUAAUGAGGUACUUAGAAAUGGGACAGAAUUGAUCCCAGAUUCAGCUAAAGAGAUUCCAGCAAUGUUUCUCAGACUUGGCAACUUUCAGAUAUGUGGACUUCAACUCCCAGAAUUCUCAGCAACAAGAAUUAUUGGAAAUGAAGCCCCUACAUUAAGCUGCCAAGGCUGGGAACUGAAAUACUAAUCUGUAGCUCAUGAAGCAGUCAACCAAUACAUUCUAGAAAUCCAGGUGGAGUUUUUCAGGACAAUUUUUAUUAGGCUAACCUUUUUUUAAAAAAUUAAAUAACUUCCUCAGUAAAUUGGUGGGAAUAGGUAAUGUUCCAUUAGGUUUCCUUGAGAAUAAUAUAGAUAUGCUAUAAAUUUAGCUUUGGCUAAAUUUUCUUAGCCUCCCAAUUUAGUCCAUAACCCAGAUGUCUCCGGUUGGUCCUUAAUCCAAAUACUCAAAAUAUCCAGAUGUAACAAUUGGAGAACCCAUAGGCUUCUAAUAGAAAAUGCGUGAAAUUUUGGGAGAUACAGUUUCAAGAUGUUCAAUCAUAUCCUGAUGAUUGAGGAAAAAAAUUUUUUUCUCAAAAAAGGAGGAUUGAAUCAUUUCUUAAGUAGACGAAUCCUUAUACAGAAUGAAUUGAGUACCAUACAGCCGGAGGCUUAAGAUCUUGGCCUUCAACAGUUAACUGCUGCAGACAUCUAGGUAUUGCUUUUAUGGUUUGCAAGUCUAAUUAAUUUGUUGUGCCUUUUGUCAGAAGUUCAUUUAUUUGAUGGCUACAGAAGGCCAAUGUUUAGAAGUAAAUCCCAACAUUUGCUCAAUAGAUCUAUUGCUAACAUUUCAAUUAUGGAAAAAAUUAAAAUGCUUUUUGGUGAAAGUUGGGACUUCUGUUUUACAAAACCAGUUUCUAUUUUUUCCUAAACAAAUGUAUUAAGGCUUCUAGACAUUUGUGAAGGCCAACUUGGAAUGCAGAAAAGACUAUAAAAGAUAUAGCCAGUCUAUAAGUCAGAGGUAUCUCUCAGAUAAAAGUUCAGCCAUGUCUUGGUGAAGCUGACUAUCUGCCUUCAGGAUAAGAUUAAAUGAUGGAAGAUGAAAGAUGGUCACUAUCUAUAUGGGAAUCAAUAAUAAAACCUCCAUAAUAGGCAACAAGUCUUUCUCAUAUUAACAUACAAUCAAAGGUAGUUGCCGCUCUGCUGGCUCUAAGUAAGUUCUCUCAAUAUCACCCCUGGAGUCAAGCCUUUUAAUAUCUAGAACCCAAAUAUCACCUCCAGGUGGAAUAAUCUCCAGCUUUCAGGGCUAAUGCCUUAGGUUUUGAAGCAUUGCAGAAUAAAAUGAGUGGUCUAAUAAUAUAAAAAGAAAGUGGGAUGUUCAAAUGUUGAAGAAGCGACUAAUCAAUGAAUUCCCUUCUAAAGUGAGAAUUACUGGAUGUUAUUAUUUAUGAGUUUGUGCACUGGACUUUCCAUUUGGACAGUUACUGUAUUUGUGGGGCAGUCAGCGAGAUGAGGAGGUUGACUUAUUCUACAAAGCACCUGAGUAUAGGAUGAAAAGCAAUGGCUGGAAGGUUAUUAGAGGGAAAGUCAACUUGGAACUAAGGAGCAAUUUCCUGACAGUGACAACAAUUAAUCCACGGAACAGUUUGCCCCCAGAGUUGUGGGUGCUGUAUCACUGGAGAUAUGUAAGAAAAUAUUGGACAGCCAUUUGUCCAGGAUGCAAUAACACCUCCUGCCUUUGGCAGAGGGUUGAUCAAGAAGACCUCCAAGGUCCCCUCCAGCUGUAUGAGUCAUGGUUUUCUAUGUCUUCUAUAAUCACAGGUACAACGGCUGUUAGAAAUCUUUUUGUGAGGUGGGAAGAUUUAUAUUGAUUAGAAAAAUAUUUAGGGGCCCAAUUUUUUAAGACAAUGACCAACACUAAAGUGUCACAAUGAAUGGAUGGAUGGAUGGAUGGAUGGAGAUCUGGUACAGAAUUUGGAAGAAAUAAAAAUGUUGACCUUUCCAAGAGCUUGUCUACUUUUCCGGUUGCAUGUUGCAGAGAGAAAAAGAUGUACAGAGGUUAUCUGGUUCCAAGAAUUCUAAAUCAAACUUGUACAGAUAAAAUUGGGCUCAAUUUAUUUAGCUUGCCAGUCUGUUAUGUUCCAAGAUAGUAACUGUGCAGCAAGCUAAAACAAUAAAGGUCAUAAUUGGAGUUAGCCACAUUGCUGAUCUGGAGGAUCCAAUACAUCUACCGGUAAACUGGUAUUGAACUGGCUAAUUGACAAACUACUUAAAUGUGACCUUGAUGGCUUGCCUAUUUAAGUGAUUCUGUAGCUGACUUGAAACCUUUAAUUUAAACAAGUUGAUCAACAGCAACUCAUCAGACUGGGGGCAAAUAUGAAAGAUUAGGCUCCCAUGACCACUACUUGGGAGGAAAGAAGAGCACUCCUGAUUUUAUAUGGUUUAAACUACCAUAUUUUUCAGAGUAUAAGAUACACCUUCCCCCCCAAAAGGGGGUGAAAAUUUGGGUGCAUCUUAUACACCGAAUGUAGCCCCACCCACCCACUGGCCCUUACUCUUUGGCCUUUGGCUCCCAGCAAUUUACUUCCUUGCAGCAAACAGCAAGAAGA